UUCUUUAUCAUUUCGCUGGCAAACUUAACGUAGUAUGGCCGUCGUCGGGAAGUAUUCACAGUUUUACUUCCACAAAGAAUACGCGAUAAACAUUGCACAGAGCGAAAUACGAAAGACAUUUUUUAAUAAAUACUUUACGCGAGUGAGAUAAACAAUAAUAUUCAGUGUUCAAACAAAGUUGUGACAACGUCUAAAUCCGCGACCUCCUUAAUUUGCUAUUUUUACAGUUUUCUUCUAAAUAUCAUUCAAAAUGUGGUUGGUUAGUCAGCCGAAUUCUGUGAUUUUGCAAAUCAAAGCGGAUCCCAACUCAAUUGGACAGGAUUGCCUCGAAAAGGUAUGCGAGAAACUGGAGAUCGGGGCUGAAGCAGACUACUUCGGCCUCAGAGUGAGCCCAGCUUCCGGCCCAGGGAGAUGGCUCAAUCUGAGAAACCCACUGGACCCUCACCGAAUCUCCGGAGGGCGAUUAGACCUCCGAGUCAAAUUCUGGGUCCCUCCACACCUUCUCAUCAACGAACCCACUCGCCACCAAUUCUACCUCCACGCAAAAUUGGACCUCACUGAAGGGAGACUAGUCGUAGCAGAUCUGGAAAUCGCCAGACGUAUCAUAGCUUAUAUAGCUCAAGCUGAAACUGGAGACUGCGAUCCUGAUGUCCCCCCAAUGCACAUUUACGAAGAAUGCGAAAAGAUUGGACCGCAAGGCGAGAAACCAGAAGAUCAUAUCGACAGAAUCAUAGAGUAUCAUUGUGAAAUAGCUGGCAUGAGAGAAUCUCAAGCUGAAUAUAGAGUUUUAAAAGAAAUUUCGAAUUUGGAAUCGUUCGGCGAGGAAUUGUUUUUCUGCAAGCCAGUAACACAGAGUAAUAACGCCCAUAAUUUGUACAGUCAUUUGUUGUACCAUAGACAAGUUGAAGAGCCGAGGGCUAGGGAUGAGCAGGAAAUCGAUGGUGGGGAUACUGUGGGAUGUUUGGCAAGCGGUCAGAAAGUUGGAGGUUGUGGGUGUCGGUUGAGCACGAGUGUGGGCGUGGGACCUCACGGCAUCGUGGUGUACAGGCCAGCGUGCAACGGAGAGCAAGAGAUCGGUGUGGAAAAACAGAGUAUCCCAUACACCGCGAUCCACCGCGCGCAACCUCUGCGCAGGAUCUUCCAGCUCUCCUACGUCACGAGCGAGGGAAACGAAGCGACGUUACAUGUCAAAAUGGCGACGUCAGGGCAAGCCGCCGCGCUGUACCGCGCUGUGACCGAGAAACACGCCUUCUACUGCUGCGAAACCGUGAGGAGCGACGUCACUGAACAGUUUAUUAGGGAUCUCAAGGGUACCAUAGCAUCAAUCUUCAACGACUCGUCAACACUAGGCCGCCGCUACGUGUUCGACAUCCGCCGCACGUGCCGCGAGGUACACGACCGCGCGCGCCGCGCGGCGCACCUCGCGGCGCACCACGACCCCAGGCCCAGGAGGAGGUCCACCACUUCUACUGACAAUAAAGAAGCCCGCUCCCGGUCCCGCAGCAAUGGCGGCGAGACGCUAGCGUGCCGCGUGUGUAUGGACAACGCUAUGGACACGCUGUUCCUGCCGUGCAGGCACGUCGUCUGCUGCGAGGAAUGUGCUCCUAGAUGUGAUCGAUGCCCUCUAUGCAGAAGUGAAAUAGAGAGCUCGAUGCAUAUAUUCCUGCCAGUGGAAUAUCAGAAGAAUCCUGGACUUAUAAUCAAAUGAGCUUCGUUGAUGACAAAACGAUAAUGGCAAAUCGACAAAUCCGAUCCGGACAAAAAUUGAUGACUUUCGUCUAAAAUGUUACUGGCAACCAUGUAUAGGCGAUGGACUCGACUAUGAUUGAAAAUGUAUGUGGUGAAGUGUGCAAGUCAUUUGGGCGGUAAAGUGACCUUACACAGACUAAAACAAGGUGUCAGUGUGAUUGUCUAUGUCUAGUCAGAACUCUUUGGACCACGAGUCCUCUAAGAAGUGCAUUUUUAUUACAAGUAUCUGUACUUGGGAUUGUUUAUUUUAUUCUUUAUUUCUUCUAAUCCUGCAUUCCAAUGUGAAAGUGUGCAAUGUUGACGUUAAUUUUUAUUGGUACUUAUUUACACGUUUUGUUAGCCUUUGGUGACCGUAACCAUCAACGACGUCUUAUUAACUCUAAAAAAUUGGUUAUUUACUUUAAAUUGGACGUAUGGGACCAAAGGAUAAACAAGAUUAUCUUUAAGAAGACAAAAAAAAUUACGUAAAAUAUAUAUUUUAAAAAUAUCUUAAAAUCCUUCGUUUUAGAAGGCGUUGUAAUUGUGACUGCCGAGUUUGAAUUAAAACACGUUUAGGUUUAAUUUUGUGAUAAAUUACUUUUGCUAAGAGUCUUCAUCAAAUUGUUAUUAUUUGAUUGUAAUACUCUGUACCGACUAGGUAACAAUAUGUACCUAAAUGACUGCAUGAGAAAUAUUAAAAUAAAAAUCUAAGAAUCUGCACCUACAGCUGUCGCAAAAUAAAUUGCAUUUUCUUAUAUUAUUCUUGCCUUUAAACAGAACUACCAUUUUAUGUUAUUUUUUUCUUUACCUUUUUCCUUGUAACAAUUAUAAAAGUUUAAUUAUUUUAAGUUAAAUUCGUAAGACCUGUGGUCUGUAAGUUAUUAACAUUAAAAGUAACAAAAUGUAAAAUAAAGAGUACUAGAUAUUUUAACCA